CAAUGGUUGGCGUGCGCGCAAGAAGCAUGCUGGUCAAUGGUUCAUUGGCCCUCUGCGUCAAAGCGUGCAAGCUGCGGAAGAGGAUUCUAGAAUUCUCGAUGAAGCGUCAGCCGUUUCCGUGGAAGCGCUGCGAGAGAGAUGUAGGAAUCUGGCAACGACUAACGCACAAGAGAAGAUGCCCACAGUAGAGCGACGCAGCACUGGCUGGCGUCUUCGAUUUGGGACAAAAAGCGAUAGGCGUUAUGGUCCCACGAGAAGGGAUAAAGCCGCGGCGGAAGAAGAUGUCCGGCGUGUGGCAGAUGCCUUCCGGGUAUCCCUGCAGGAAGCUGAUCGAGUCUUUCGACACCUGACAACAGAAGGUGUCGGCGAUGCACAUGACCAAAUAGUCAUGGUGGAGAGACAUAGCAGUGGUUGGCGUGUCCGGUGUGGAACCAAAGAGAACCGGCGCUAUGGCCUCACCAGAAGAGACAAAUCUGCUGCUGAGGACGAUGCCCGUCGUGUGGCGGAUGCAUUGCAGGUGUCCCAGCAGGAAGUGGAUCGCGUUUUGCGACAAUUGACUGAAGACGGCAAGCGUGAAAAUGCUGGUGUCAUGCGUGCGUGCGAGCUGCUAGUGUCUGAAUAUCAGUUGGCAGAGAGCCUUGCUUCGAGAAUCGAUGCGCGUUGGUUGCGCGACAUGGGCCGGCAGUGGCGCUUGGAUUCGGGCAGCCGUCCGCUGGGUACCAGCGGCUUCGACAAUGCUGCUCCCAUCAGUGGAUUGAGAAAUUUGGGGAACAGCUGUUGGCUCAAUUCAAUUUUGCAAUGUUUUCUCCAUUGUGGCCCGUUGGCUAGAGAUCUUUUGGACCAGACGUGCGAGAAAGGUCCGCUGAGGCAUUGGAUGACAGCGACGCUGGUCAAGUUACGCAGCAGAGAUUUUGAUUAUGUGGCUCCUUUUGAAUUGCUGCAUCAAAUGUACUUGACCCGGGCGGAUCUCUUCCCUGCGGGUGAGAGCGCUGACGCGGCUGAUGCGGUGGCACUGUUGCUGGAGAAGACGUUGUCCCAGCAUUCCCUGGUGGCGCCAAGGGGCACAGACACAGGACAGCCAGAAGAGCAGCUCCGGUUUAUGGUGGAUUUGCCUGGGGAUGUGUCGGAACGAGCUGUCACUGUGGAGGAGGUGAUGCAGAAAAAUUUAGGCAAUAUUGCACGACUACGAUGUUUGCCCUCGCAUUUGUCACGGGCUGUCUUGGAGGCAGCUCGUGCUACAAAAUCUGGACAUGAUGAGCCUUGCCGAAGUGCUGAAUCACAUCGUUGCCUGGAUCACAUGGGCUAUGUAGGAAACGAACUGGGAGAAAGCAGCAACAACAGCGUACUGGAAGAACGCAACAGCGUACUGGAAGAACGCGACAUGAAACUGGAAGAACACGACAUGAAACUGGAAGAACGCAACAGCGUAGUGGAAGAACGCAACAGCGUACUGGAAGAACGCGACAUGGAAGAACGACAUAAACUGGAAGAACGCAACAGCGUACUGGAAGAAAGCAACAGUGUCUUGACAGCCGCAGGCGGCAAAGAACUGCUUUUGGUAGUGCUGGCGCUGGAAACAUGGAUGGUAGCAGACAGGACCCUUGGGCAGAGGAAGAUCACCCAUUCAAUCGCUUCAAGGCCAACCAUGGACUUUUCCGAGCCGCAGUGGAAGAACAACUGCGCGAAUGGCCGGAAAUGGCCGUGA